AUGAACCUCAGAUCUAAGCUUCGUCGGGCCGAACCGUCCGCGCCCGAUCUCGGCGACGACAGCGGCCGGGGCGCCGCAGCGCGCGUCGCAGAAGCUACGAGGACGGAGCUCGAGCGACUGAAGGAGGAGCUCGCCGCCGCGAAAGCGAAGAACGCGGAGUACGCGGAGAUGUACCCGACUUUCAACGCGGACGAACACGUCGCGAGCGUGGUGUUCUCGCACGUGACGGACGUCCGAACGCGCGUCGCCCUCGCGCAGGUGAACACGGUGUGGCGCGCGGCUUCAAAAGUCGCGUCUUCGCUGCCAGCCUCGCUCGACUUCACGGGCUGCCCUGACGAGAAGAUGGGCGAGGGCAAGUACAGCUGUUGGACCGCGAACUGCGCCUACGUCGUGGGGAUCGAAGGCGUGCUUGAUCUGCCCGAGACGCACUUUCACGGCCUCCUCGAACAGGCGGGGGCUGACUUCUCCCGCACAGCUGACCAGUGCAACCUCGGUGUUAUCUACGACUGCGCGGAGCGUUACGACAAGGCGCUGGAGUGGUACAUGAAGGGAGCGCGUCAAGGCUGCAUGUUUUGUGAGAGUAACAUCGGAAUGAUCUACAAACAUGGCGACGGCGUGGAGAAAAACAUCGACACGGCGCUGGAAUGGUUCACAAAGUCGGCAGAGAAGGGCAAUGCCAUCGCACAAAACUCUGCCGGCCGCAUCCUCUACGACGAGGGACAAUACCAAGACGCGUUCAAGUGGUUCACGAAAUCGGCCGCUCAAGGCUACACUUACGCUCAAUCCAACCUCGCGAAGUGCUACGAGGACGGCAAAGGCGUGAAGAAGGGUUUAAGGUUUUAA